GUAGGUCAGAGGUUGUGAAGGCGUCAUGGCGGCGCUGUGUGGGACUCGUGCCGUGGCUGCCGAGAGCCAUUUUCUGCGAGUGUUUCUCUUCUCUAGGCCCUUUAGAAGCGCAGGCACUGAGAGUGGCUCCGAAAGCGGGAGCUCCGAUUCCUCGAAGCCUCAGACGAGUCCAGGCGGCUUUGCCAGCGCGUUGGAGCGGCACUCAGAGCUGCAGCGGAAGGCGGAGCUCCGACGGGAGUCUCAGAAAAAUGUGGAAUCCUUCGCAUCCAUGCUGAGACACUCUCCUCUGACACAGAUGGGGCCUGCCAAGGAUAAAUUGGUCAUUGGACGGAUCUUUCAUGUUGUGGAGAAUGAUCUUUACAUAGAUUUUGGUGGCAAGUUUCAUUGUGUAUGUAAAAGACCAGAAGUGGAUGGAGAGAAAUACCAGACAGGAACCAAGGUACGGCUGCGCCUCCUAGAUCUGGAGCUCACAUCUCGGUUCCUGGGAGCAACCACAGACACAACAAUACUGGAGGCUGAUGCCAUUCUCUUAGGACUUCAGGAAAGCAGAAAAUCAAAAGAGGAACAUCAUGAAAAGUAAAUGAACUUUGCCUAGUGGGUUCAUGCCCUCUUUGUUGAACCUAUAUACUCUUCAAGAAUGCAAUUAGAAAAUUAUGAAAAAAUGAUUGAAUAAAGAUGUCAUAAGUGAAAA